AUGGCAAGCUAUCACAGCACUAUAGACCAGUAUAGACAUCAUGAAAGUCUAUAUAUUACCAUAAAGUUUGGUCAAGAUCUUAUUUUUGCCUCUCUUCUCUUCUUCUUGCUUCUCUAUCCUUCUCUUGGUGUUGAUGUUGUUGGUGCUGGUACUGGUGCUGGUGCUUUGAACUCUGCUCUCUUCCCUCCUGCUCCUCCUCCCCCCAACUAUUUUCGCAUUUUUGACCAUUUGGCAAGUCUUUUCUCUGACUCUCACUUCCUCCUGUCUGAUCCUCUCCUUCUAGCUCCCUUCCCUCCUCUUCCCUCAAGAAUUUUCGCAAUUUUCACUAUUUGUUCUCUUGCCUCUUCCUCCUGUAAUUUUCGCAUUUUUGCCUGUUUUGUAGUUAUUAGUUUACAUGUAUUGUAGUAGUUGAAAUAUAAUUUGGAAUUUUCGCUUU